CUGAAAUCAUCUAUCUGUGCUGCAAUUCUUUUCAGAAAUCAAUUCGACAGUGUCUUAAUUCAAACCUCGAAUAUAUUCUGGUUUCCUAUAAACAUGUAUCUUCUAGUUAACGUUAGGCUCACGACGUUUAACUAAUCUUCUAUGGCAGUUUCAUAGGAAAAUGUCCUGGUCUUUGUGGCCAUUGGCUCAACUCUCCAUGCCAUGAUUCCCAUCCAGCAGAGAGAGGUAUACACAUAUACAGUUUGUUACAGCACUAUGGAAGUAAUCUAUGAGUUAGACAAUGAGGCUACUCUCUUCAAUUUGAUGUGUUAGAGGUAACCAUGCAAUGUUAUUCAACACAUAGUGCUACUAGGUAAAAGUCCUGAAAUUUGAUUGGAACUUGAUACGAGUCCUACUAGCAAUUGCUUGUAGCCUUGUACCAUUCUUUUGUUACUGACUGCAAGAUUUUACUUGUGAUGGCAAUACCUUUUAUCUGUUGUUAUCAUCCUGAAACUGAUCAGGUUAUUGAAGAUAGGAAUUUAGAUGCAUUUACACCUUUCAUUAUCAGGGCAAAAGGCGAAAAUGUACUUCUAUGCAUGACAUCAUCUCUGUAUAGUAAGAUUCUCAGUGCUCCACCAGAGAGGAACGGGCUUUGUUAUUAUUAUUUUUUUAUUUGGUUUUCUGUUGUUGAUGCAGACACAAUUUCUAAAGCGGCAAUACCGGGGAAUACUGGGGAUUGCACUUGGAGCCCUUGUGACUCUUCUCAUGAUCUUAGUAGCAGCUUGUCGGCCACAUAAUCCAGCACCUUUUCAGAUGUGUCGCUUGACAAACCAGGCAUUCUCUCUUUCUUUUAUCAUAGUAUGCAAACCAUGUUUGAUGAUUUUUAACUAUGGCGGAGUUUCGUCAAUCUGAACUCUGCUAAAAGUCCCACUAGAGGAAAAAAAAUAGUGUUCCUCAAGUUUAAACUGAAAUAUCUGAGCAAGUUCAAUAUCUUACUUUUGGAGGUAAUUUUGAGGGGUGAAGAAAACUAAACAUAAAUUAGAGAAGUAAAAAAAUCGAUAAAAAGCAAUUACAUACUAUACAAUUUGUUUAUUUGCCUAUAUAAAGUUCGAUCUCCCUGCAAUAGAAAAUUAUGCUUGGCUGCUAACUUGUGUUUGUUGAACAAACAGUUAAUUACUCAAAGCCAAAGUUGGUGAUCCUUCACAUGAAUAUGGCUCUCCAUGUGUAUGAGGAUAUUACGAGGAUGACUGAGAAUUUGAGUGAGAAGUACAUAGUUGGUCAUGGUGCCUCAAGCACUGUUUACAAAUUUGUCCUGAAAAACUGCAGGCCUGUGGCUAUUAAGAGGCUCUAUUCUCAUCAUCCCCAGUGCUUGAAGAAAUUCGAGACAGAUCUUGAGACAGUAGGGAGCAUCAAGCAUCGGAAUCUAAUCAGCCUUCAAGGAUACUCCCUGUCAUCUUAUGGGGACCUUCUUUUCUAUGAUUAUAUGGAAAAUGGAAGUCUUUGGGAUCUUCAUCAUGAAAGGCACAAAGACUAGCCGUUCGCCUAAAGAGCGACUCCAUGGAGGAUCCAGGCAACCGAGCUUCCUGGGUGCUUAAGUCCAUGGCUCCCUGCAUAAAAUCGACAUGGUUAUAUGCUCAAGUUAAUAUCGCUUCAAAGUUAAUGGCAAAAUAACAGCACAACCACAGCGAAACCUGAUGAACAUGGCAAGUUUAGCAGGCGCCCUCCUCCUUCAGCAACUCAGUCUAGGAAAAAGAGAAGGGUGAUUAGUUUUGAAGUUUGAUACAAUGUAUAUGACCAGAUGUGUAUAAAUAUAUAAAAAUAUAUAUAUUUUUUAUUUUAGGUCGAGCUUUUUAUUCAUUUAAAACCUCAUGAAAAUGCCUCUGUACCCACUCAGUGUU